CAAGGCGCUUCCGGAUUGGUUCCUCCCCAGGGCCGGAAGGGGAGGGGCAAUGAAGGGGGGGUGCGGUCACGUGAGCGCGAUCACGUGACGCCGCGCCGGCAGCGACUCGCGGGCGGGCCUGCCCCAUGGCGUCGGGGCCAGAGCUGCUUCGCGCCGACGACACCGGCGAUGGGGGGAGCCCGUCCUGCCCCACCGCGCCCCAUAGCGACGGCCCCUGCCCCAUAGCGCCCCAUAGCGACAGCCCCAGCCCCACAGCGCCCCCCGGCGCCCUCCUCAGCAUCGCCAUCCUCUGUUACAUCAACCUGCUCAACUACAUGGACCGCUUCACUGUGGCUGCCGUCCUCCCCGACGUUGAGGAUUUCUUCAGCAUCAGCGACAGCAGCUCCGGGCUCCUGCAGACAGUGUUCAUUGGCAGUUACAUGGUGCUGGCGCCCCUCUGUGGCUAUUGGGGGGAUCGCAGGAGCCGCAAGCGGCUCCUCAGCCUCGGCCUUGCCCUAUGGGCGGCUGCAACCAUGGCCGGGAGCUUCGUGCCCCCCCAGGGGUUCUGGGCCCUGCUGGUGGCCCGGGCAGUGGUCGGUGCUGGUGAAGCCGCCUUCUCCACCGUGGCCCCCACCCUCGUGGCCGACCUGAGCCCCCCCGGGGCCCCCCGCAGCCGCGCUCUGGGGGGGUUCUACCUGGCUGUGCCCUUGGGCAGUGGCCUGGGUUACAUCAUGGGGGCGAAGGUCAAGGAAGUGGCCACUGAUUGGCGCUGGGCCCUGCGGGUGACCCCCGUGCUGGGCCUGGUGGCGCUGGCUCUGUUGGUGACCCUGGUGACCGACCCCCCCCGGGGGGGCACCGAGACCCCCCCUGGCACCCCCCUGCCCCACAGCGCGUGGGGCAGCGACCUCCGGGACCUGCUCACCAACCGCUCCCUGGUGCUCUCCACGCUGGGCUUCACGGCCGUGGCCUUCGUGUCGGGGGCGCUGGCGCUCUGGGCCCCCGCCUUCCUGAGCCGCUGCCGGGAGGCCACGGGUAGGGGGGAGCCCUGCCCCCGGGGCCAGCGCUGCGAGGGCACCGAGAGCAUGCUCUUCGGGGCGCUGACGGUGGCCUCGGGGGUGCUGGGGGUGGGGCUGGGGGCGGAGCUUUCUCGCCGCUGGAGCCCCCAUUGCCCCCGGGCCGAGCCCCUGCUCUGCGCUAUGGGGCUGCUGGGGUCUGCCCCCUGCCUGCUGCUCGCCAUCAUGGCCGCCCGGCCCAGCCCCACGGCGGCCUAUAUCUUCAUCUUCCUGGGGGAGUCGCUGCUCAGCCUCAACUGGGCCAUCGUGGCUGAGAUCCUCAUGCACGUGGUGGCUCCCACGCGUCGCUCCACGGCCGAGGCGCUGCAGAUCAUCACCUCCCACCUGCUGGGGGACGCGGGGAGCCCCGUGCUUGUGGGGGGGCUCAGCGAUUGGCUGCGUUCCUCCGCCGGCCCCGCCCCUUCUUCCCUGGCCGCCGCGCGCGCGCUGGGGCUCGCGCUCCUGCUCUGCCCCUUCGUGGCCGCGCUCGGGGGCGGGGCCUUCCUGGGCACCGCCUCCGCCUUCCCACGUGACCGCCGGCGCGCGCGGCUCCUGGCGCGGGGUCUCGACCCCGACGACGAGGACCUCGAGGACCCCGAUGACCUCGUGGUGCCACGGGGGGGGCGCCCCACCAAGGUGCCUGUGGCCCAUGUGCUGUCCUGACCCACAUCUAUGGGGCUCUGACCCACAUAAAGGGGAUUCUGACCCACAUCUAUGGGGCCCAGACCCACAGCUAUGGGGCGCAAGCACCGCAGCCCCCAAUAAACCUGUUUGGACACCCCAA